AAGCAUCUGAAUUCAUUCCUUGUUUUUAUGAACCUGUGACUGCUUUUGCUGCUUCCUGUGUAUAUCCUUGAGACACUUAAUGCCUCUGUGUCUUGUUAUUUCCAUUUUCAACAUGAACUAUGAAGGCAAAAGAGGAUGACUGUUGGAGGUAAAGGAGGCUUGGGGCUUCAUGUUUAACCUUUUGUUCUUCUUUCUUGAGCAGGGCCCCAUCCAGCCUCUGUUUAAAAGCCUCCAAAGAACCUCCACUUCCCUCUGAGGCAGAGAAUUCCACUGUUGAACAGCUCUUACAGUCAGAACAGUCUUCCUAAUGUUCAGAUGGAACCUCCUUUUCUGUAAUUUGAACCCAUUGCUGCGAGUAAUCAGAAAAGGAAAAACAAAAUGCCAGGUGCCCAUAUUACAAUUAAAUGUAAGGCUGUCAACAUGGAGGAGAAAGCAUAUAAAUGUAUUAAAUGCGGAAAGAGCUUUAGUCAGCAUGGAAAGCUGAAGAUACACCAAAAGACUCACACUGGGGAAAAACCCUAUAAAUGUCUAGAGUGUGGACAGAGCUUCACUCAGAGAGGAAAUCUAGGUACACAUCAAAGGACUCACACUGGGGAGAAACCCUAUAAGUGCUUGGAGUGUGCAAAGAGCUUUGCUCAUAGUGCAAGUCUAAGAUUACAUCAAAGGAUUCACACUGGAGAUAAACCCAAUAAAUGCUUGGAGUGUGGACAGAGCUUCAGUCAUAGUUCAGCUCUAAAAACACAUCAAAGGACUCACACUGGGGAGAAACCCUAUAAGUGCUUGGAGUGUGGACAGAGCUUCAGUCAUAGUUCAGCUCUAAAAACACAUCAAAGGACUCACACUGGAGAGAAACCCUUUAAAUGCCUGGAGUGUGGACAGAGCUUCACUCAGAGAGGAAAUCUUGGUAGACAUCAAAGGAUUCACACUGGGGAGAAACCCUAUAAGUGCCUGGAGUGUGGACAGAGCUUCACUCAGAGUGAACAGCUACGUUUACAUCAAAGGACUCACACUGGGGAGAAACCCUUUAACUGCCUGGAGUGUGGAAAGAACUUCGCUCAGAAUGAACAGCUACGUUCACAUCAAAGGACUCACACUGGGGAGAAACCCUUUAAAUGCCUGGAGUGUGGACAGAGCUUCACUGAGAGAGGAAAUCUACGUAGACAUCAAAUGACUCACACUGGGGAGAAACCCUAUAAGUGCUUUGAGUGUGGAAAGAGCUUUUCUUAUAGUGCAAAUCUAAGUUUACAUCAAAGGACUCACACUGGGGAGAAACCCUAUAAAUGCCUGGAGUGUGGACAGAGCUUUAUUAGGCGUGGAAAGCUACGUUCACAUCAAAGGAUUCACACUGGGGAGUUAACCCUACAAGUGUCUAGAGCAGUGGUUCUCAAC